UUUUUAUAGUCAAUUCCCCAGCAUGAAAACCCAAUAGGCAGCCUACUUAAUCGUUACAAUACAUAGUAAGCCUGACCAAAAAAGUCAGUGGACGGCUGUCUCGCCCCAACAGAUUUUAUUUCUCCCGUAAAAUACGAGUAAGGUGAAACCUACAAAUUAAAUCAUGAUUUACGGCAUGCUGGUGACACUCUCGACGGCAAUCUAUACUACGGUGGCCACCCUUUGGCAGGUUCAACAGACCCUAAUCAAUUGGAUGAUGUCGUUUAGUCUUUUCAUUUUGGGUCUGUUCUGCAAGCCGUAUUUGAUAGUUCCCCUGUUGGCAGCUGGGUUCUUCAUGGUGCGCCGGAUCUUGCUGCGGCGGGCAAAGCGGAUUCAAGCCUGGAAAUCGCCGGGUAACAACGAGUCUGGGUCGUCCAGGCAUUACUCCAUUAAAACCCCACCAUCACGCGACACGGAGAGCUCCCUGCCCAAUAGCGUCGGUGACACAUCCCAGAAGUAGUCGAGCAACGGAUAAUCACACGAUUCACACGGGUUUAUAAAACAUAUAACAUACGUCUGAAAUACUACAUACACAUUCCAUGAGAACACUCAUACAUGUGCACGGGUGUGGAUGGAUCCUAAGACUAAAGCAAUUAAAAAAUA